AUGAACAAGGCAUCCACUUUCAUCGACAACGACAAGUACAUCAACAAGUACCACCCGGAAUACGUCCCGGGCACGUACAACAUCCUCCUCGAGAAGGACGAGAAAGGAGUCGCCCUGUCCUCCGGACUCAAGACGACGAAGAACGGCAUCAUCCUCAACCCACAGCCAACAGACUCACCAAAUGACCCGCUCAACUGGUCCCCCUGGGUGAAGGCCUACCAGUUCGCACUGCUCAUCUUCAUCACUGCCUUCACCGCCGCCACGUCCAACGAUGCAGCUGCCAUCCAGGACACCAUGAACGAGCGUUACGGCAUCUCCUUCGGCGCAAUGAACACCGGUGCCGGUGUCUUGUUUGCCUCCAUCGGCUUGUGCACGCUCAUCCUUGGACCAGCCUCCUCCUUGUACGGUAGAAAGAUCACCUACAUGAUCUGUAUAUUGCUAGGCUUGUGCGGUGCCGCAUGGUUCGGUGCUGCCAAGUCGACCAGUGACACCAUCUGGUCGCAGCUCUUUGUUGGCGCCUCUGAAGGUUGUGCCGAGGCAAAUGUGCAAUUGUCUAUCUCUGACAUGUUUUACACCCAUCAACUAGGCUGGGCGUUGACCGCAUAUAUUAUCGGCACAUCUGUCGGGACCUACCUCGGUCCGCUCAUCGCAGGGUUCAUCGUCCAGUACGCCACUUUCAGAUGGGUCGGUUGGGUUGCAGUCAUCAUCUCCGGUGGCCUAUUGGCGGUAAUUGUCUUCACCCAGUACGAGACCUAUUUCAACAGAACCAGGUACGUACCCUCCUCCAUCACUGCCACCGAAUUGAACGAAAUACCCCACAACCAAAUUGAUUCUCAAAACCUUUCUCAAUCUGAACCGUCCGAAGGGUUUUACAUAUUAAACAAUGGUGCAGACGAAAAAAGAAAGUCUUUCUGGCAAAGAAUCGCCUUGAUCACACCUUCCACCAACCUCAAGGGCUUUGGUGUCAAGCAGUACUUUGAGCGUCUUGUUUUGAUGUUGCGUGUGUUCUGGUUCCCUCCGGUUGUUUUAUCCGGUGUCCUUUGGGGUCUGCAGGACGCAUUCUUGACUUUCUAUUUGACCACCGAGGAUGACCAGUACUACGACCCCCCUUUCAACUUAUCCGACACCGGUGUUGCAUUGAUGAACAUUCCUUGUUUGAUCGGUGCCGUCAUUGGCUGUUUCUACGCCGGUAUCCUCUCAGACUACUUUGUCGCCUGGAUGGCCCGUAGAAGAAACGGUAUCAUGGAGGCAGAGGACUACCUCUACUUCUUGAUUGGUGUCUUCAUUGCUUGUCCUAUCGGAUUGAUGGUUUUCGCAGCAGGUACUGAUCAGCUAUGGAGUUGGAGAGUCACCUACUGUGUGGGCUUGGCCUUCUUGGGGUUCUCCUUCGGCUGUUCCGGUGACAUCGCCAUGUCCUACUUAAUGUGUGCCUAUCCAGAGAUGGUCAUCGAGGGUAUGAUUGGUGUCUCCAUGAUCAACAACGCAAUCGGAUGCAUCUUUACAUUCGUUUGUAGUUUGUGGUUGGGCGCCAUGGGCAACACACACACCUACGCGAUCCUAACAGGUAUCCAGGUCGCCGCCUGUUUGUGUGCCAUCCCAUUCCUCAUCUGGGGUAAGCAAAUGCGUCUCUGGACUAGAAAAUACUACCUCAAUUUCGUCGAGAAGAGAGACGGUGUCAAGAAAGAAGACAUUGUCAACGACACCGUCAACUGA